CUGUUUUGCAGCCAAAACAGUGAGGCGCUAUGUGUGACGAGGACGAAACCACUGCCCUGGUAUGCGAUAACGGCUCUGGGCUUUGCAAAGCUGGGUUUGCAGGAGACGAUGCCCCACGGGCUGUAUUUCCAUCCAUCGUUGGACGCCCUCGACAUCAGGGCGUUAUGGUUGGCAUGGGUCAAAAAGACAGCUACGUAGGGGAUGAAGCACAAAGUAAAAGAGGGAUCUUAACCCUGAAGUAUCCCAUUGAGCAUGGAAUCAUCACUAACUGGGAUGACAUGGAAAAGAUUUGGCAUCAUUCUUUUUAUAAUGAGCUUCGCGUUGCCCCAGAAGAACAUCCUGUGCUGCUGACGGAGGCUCCAUUGAAUCCUAAGGCCAACCGGGAGAAAAUGACUCAGAUUAUGUUUGAGACAUUCAAUGUGCCAGCCAUGUAUGUAGCAAUUCAGGCAGUGCUGUCUCUGUAUGCAUCUGGAAGAACCACUGGAAUAGUUUUGGAUUCUGGGGAUGGCGUCACUCACAAUGUGCCUAUCUAUGAGGGUUAUGCCUUACCUCACGCCAUUAUGAGACUGGAUCUGGCAGGCAGAGACCUCACUGACUAUCUCAUGAAAAUCCUUACAGAGAGAGGCUACUCUUUUGUCACCACCGCGGAACGGGAGAUUGUGAGAGACAUAAAGGAGAAGCUUUGUUACGUGGCUUUGGAUUUUGAAAAUGAAAUGGCAACUGCUGCUUCUUCCUCCUCUCUUGAAAAGAGCUAUGAGCUCCCUGACGGCCAAGUCAUCACUAUUGGAAACGAACGAUUCCGAUGCCCAGAAACUCUCUUCCAGCCAUCCUUUAUAGGGAUGGAGUCUGCAGGUAUCCAUGAAACCACAUAUAACAGCAUUAUGAAGUGCGAUAUUGACAUCCGUAAGGAUCUUUAUGCUAACAAUGUACUCUCAGGAGGAACCACAAUGUAUCCUGGUAUUGGGGACCGUAUGCAGAAAGAGAUUACAGCAUUGGCUCCAAGUACCAUGAAGAUUAAGAUGAUUGCACCUCCAGAACGUAAAUACUCUGUCUGGAUUGGGGGCUCAAUCCUGGCUUCUCUAUCCACCUUUCAGCAAAUGUGGAUCAGUAAAGAUGAAUAUGAGGAAGCGGGCCCCUCUAUUGUCCAUCGCAAGUGCUUUUGAAGGCUUCCAUCAUGGAUUGUCCGUGCCAAGUGUGCUGUUCCCCU